GCCUGCUGCUGGCAGUUGGUCCUCUCAUUAGUCAGCCGUUGCCUCUGGACAUAAUCUGUCCGGUCUCUGACUUUGCGACUCAUGGACAGGCGUUCUCUGAGCAAAGAGGCCAGACUCGAGUCACUGUCUGAACUUUUCAUCUGGGAAAUUCAAGGUACUUUCUACAACUUCUGUCACCUAGGCCACGCCUUUUGCAGAAUAUGUGUAAGCUAUGGCUGCCAUCAAGAAGAAGCUGGUGAGUGUUGGUGAUGGAGCAAGUGGCAAGACGUGCUUGCUCAUAGUUUUCAGCAAGGACCAGUUCCCAGAAGUAUACGUGCCCACAGUGUUUGAGAACUAUGUGGCAGAUAUCGAAGUGGAUGGAAAGCAGGUAGAGUUGGCUUUGUGGGACACAGCUGGGCAGGAAGCGUAUGAUCGCCUGAGACCCCUCUCCUACCCAGACACUGAUGUUAUACUGAUGUGUUUCUCCAUCGACAAUCCUGAUAGUUUAGACAACAUCAUAAAAAAAUGGACCCCAGAAGUCAAGCAUUUCUGUCCCAGUGUACCCAUCCUCCUGGUUGGGAAUAAGAAUGAUCUUCGGAAUGAUGAGCACACAAGGCAGAAGUUAGCCAAGAUGAAGCAGGAGCCAGUGAAACCUGAAGAAGGCAAAGAUAUGGCUAACGGGAUUGGCGCCUUUGGGUACAUGGAGUGCUCAGCAAAGAUUAAAGAUGGAGUGAGGGCAGUUUUUGAAAUGGCCACAAGAGCUGCUCUGCAACCCAGAUGUUGGAAGAAAAAACCUAAAUGCCUUGUCUUGUGAAACCUUGCUGCAAGUACAGCCCUCAAGUGAUUCAUUUUGAAGUGCAUGAUUAAUCUUAGUGCAUGAUUACUGGCCUUUUUCAUUUAUCUAUAAUUUACCUAAGAUUACAAACCAGAAGUCAUCUUGCUACCAUUUAGCUACUAUUUAGAAGCCAACCAUCAUUAUUAAUGAUGACCAACUCGCCUGACCUGCCAGAGUCCUUCUGACACUACUCUAACAGCCCUCUCUUCACUCUACCUGACACGCCAGGACUAAUUCAAGGAAUGUUUAACCUUCUUGUUGCUUUCUAGAAAGAGAAAUGGUAAAUUGUUGUGAAUUGGACUAUAACUACUUUACAACUAACAUGUCCUGCCUAUCAUCUGUCAGCUGCAAGGAACACUGGUGACUCAUCAUGUUGGAGCUUUACUCCUCAGCAGAUUUCAUUGGCAGUGCUCUGGGUGGGCAUCCAGUUUUUUGAAAAUGUACUCAUCUGGAAAAACCCAAAUCCAAGCAGCUGUGGCAGAGUGACAGUUCUUCAGUUUCAUGUUAGUUACCUUAUAGUACUGUAUAAUUAGUGCCACUUAAUAUAUGUAACCAAAAAUAAAUAUAUUUAUCCCAGA